AUGGACGCACCUGCGCCCUACGGCACAACAACCACCCCCGCCUCCGCCCCCGCCUCCGCCUCUGCCGACCCCGCGCCGCCGCCGCCGCCGCAAUCUCAACUUUCUUCUUCCGACACACCUCACCACCCCUCGUCGUCAUCGGCGGCGGCGGCAGCAGCAGCAGCCGCCGCCGCCUCUUCAUCAGCAACAGGGCCCGCCCAGAGCCGCCCCUGUGACAUAUGUCGUCAGCGCAAGACGCGCUGCGUCCGCGAGGAUGGCCGCGACAAGUGCGUCAUGUGCUCAUUCCACGGCCAGCCGUGCACAUAUCUCCGCGGGCCCCUACCGCGCAAGCGCCGGAAGGCCACAGACCCCCCGGAGGUGAGACCCCAGACCAACGGAUCUGUUGUCUCGGCGCCCGCCGGCCCUGCGCCCGGCCCGGCGCCUCUGGAUCCUCAAGAGGAGAUGAGCCACCACCCCUCCCCCGAACUCCUCGAGGCCCUCUCCCCGUCCCUCGCCGGCUCCGAGAACAUCGCCCACUUCCACUCCCCCCGGCCGACCUCCCUCCUCGACGGCACCCUCGGCCUCCACCUCAAAACCCACUCCGAGCACGUCGGCAACACCUCCUACCGCGAGCCCGCCCUCCUCGACCUCCACCGGCCCCAGGACCCCUCCGCCCGCGCCGUCCGCCGCCUCGACGACAACACCGUCUUCCUCAUCCACCGCGACCGCGAGACCUCCUCCGAGCCCCAGCGCAUCGCCGACCUCGACGCCAUCGAGAAGCUCGUCCACCCCCUCGGCUCCACCCUCGUCAACCUCUACUUCCGCAUCGUCCACCCCUCCUUCCCCAUCCUCCACAAGAAGGUCUUCCUCGAAAAGUACGCCCGCUCCUACCACGAGUUCUCCCCCCCGCUCCUCGCCGCCGUCUACCUCAUCGCCCUCGACUGGUCCCUCUACGACCGCACCCUCGCCACCUCCACAUGGCAGCCCGACCAGGCCGCCCUCGAGGCCCUCGCCCUCCGCACCAUGUCCGACGACAUGAAGCGCCCCAAGAUCUCCACCCUCCAGGCCGGCCUCCUCGUCCAGCAGCGCUUCCGCAACAACACCUGGACCUUCACCGCCCAGCUCGUCGCCCUCGCCCAGGGCCUCGGCCUCCACGUCGACUGCACCGACUGGGCCAUCCCCGACUGGGAGAAGGGCCUCCGCCGCCGCCUCGCCUGGGCCCUCUUCAUGCAGGACAAGUGGGGCGCCCUCGUCCACGGCCGGCCCUCCCACAUCCGCCUCGACGAGGACUGGGACGUCCGCCCCUGCCGCGUCGACGACUUCCCCGAGAACGCCGCCGACGAGGAGCACGACCCGGAGGGCAGCGCCGAGGUCGUCGUCGGCCGCGAGCUCUUCCUCCGCCAGAUCGAGCUCUCCCUCAUCCUCAGCGACGUCCUGGCCAUCUUCUACACCGCAAAGGCCACCCGCCGCGGCGGCACCCUCGACCAGAUCGGCACCGUCGGCGUCGCCGAGCUGGCCAAGCCCAUCGUCAUGAUGCUGCGGGAGUGGUACGCCAAGCUCCCCGAAGCCCUCCAACUCCAAGAAACCCGCCUGAAGAAGCUCUCAGCAAACGGCUCCCUCCACCUCGCCUACAUCUCAAUAGACCUAGCCCUCCACCGCUCCCUGGUCCGCAACAUAUCCUCCAACGCGCCCCCCGAGCUGCGCGCCGCCAUCCGCACCGGCGCCCGCGCCCGCCUCGCCGCCGCCUCCAACAUCAUCUCGAACCUGCAGAUGGAGCACAUCCAGUCCUUCUGGGGCUUCGCCGCCUCCGCCCAGCUCGCCGCCAUCGGCUCCUUCGCCGGCCUGCUGUGGGCCACCUCGGACGACGACGCCGAGGCCAUGUACUACGCCGAGCGCGUCGAGGAGUACCUCUGGAGCCUGCGCGUCAGGGCGCAGGCUGCGCCCUUCGCGAGGGAGGCGCUGAGGAUGCUCGAGGCCGACGUCGGCGGGCUCGAGGCCGUCAGGGCCGCCGCGUCGGGUCUGCACGGCGAAAUGAAGAUGUGA